UAACCGUUGAUGUCAUUUCAAUUCAAACUAACCUACCGUAAUUUUUCCAAUAUUUAUAAAGAUCGAAAAGAAAUAGUAAAUCCCUACGAAUUAUUUCUAUUAGAUGUUGAUAUUAGAUGAUGAACGUUCUUGUAAAUAAUAUCAUAUAAAUACUCAAAUCAUAACUGUUCGUUCUCCAUUUAUUUUUUUGUGAGAACAGAAACUUCUGAAGCGAAUAAGUACCGCAGUGUUUGAGUAUUAAUUAAUAAUUUUCCAUAAUGAGUGUGUUUCAUGAUGAUUGGAAUUUUCGUUUCGAUGCGCAAGAUAUUGACAAAGCCAGUAAUUUCAAAUCGAAGUUAUUAGAUCUCCACGAACAAAUAUUGAACCUGUUAGAUGAUGAAUUUAAGCUAUCUAACAUUGUUUACAAUGGUGGUUCCUUAGCUCAAAGCCAUGACCAGGAACUUAAAAUGCUAAUGGAGAAAAAUAAGCAACUACGUCAAGAAAUUGAUUGUAAAUUGGAAGGAAUAACGCGUCAACAAUCACAGUAUGAAAAAUAUAAGCAAGAUCAAAAGCAACUAUCACAAGAAAUAAAAGAAACACAUGAAGCAUUUCUCACAGCUAAGAAGUAUUAUAAAAAGUUCUUGAAAAUGUAUUAUACUAUUGAGUCAAGAGACAUUGAUAAGCAGACCAUUUUUGUACAAUUCUUCACUGAAUCGAAAAAGGAUUCAGAAAACUACUCCAUGCGCUUGCUGAGGAAUACUAAUACUGGAAAUUAUGAAUUACUCUGUAUGACACCAAAUCUUCCCAAUUUUAAAGAAGUGCAAAGAAAACUUAAAGAAACAAAUGAUGUUUCAGAAGCCCUAUGCAGUGUGAGACAAGCUUUUAUUUUGAUAAGAGCAAAUAAGAGAUAUUAAAUAUUUAGAUAAGUUGUAUAUAAGUAUAUGAGUUGAUCAUCAAAUAAUUUUAAUGCACUUUUUUUUUUAGUUUACCACACCGCUGAUGUCUGACAUUUAAUUAAAAUAGCAUACUUUGCUUUGGUUCUCCGCACAUGUUGAAUUUGAGAGUAUAACCCACCCUAAUUCUAUUUCUCACUGGAUAUUUUAAAACAUUUUAAAUUUCAUUAAUUUACAUAUGUAUUGUACUCUAAUUCAUUAUUUUAUAACUAAACUCUUAUAAAAAACUAAAAACUUAGCAAUAUGCAUUUGUAUGUAUAAUAGUCAUACUUCUAGGAUUUUAUAAUAUAGACCAAUUGAUUAAUCCUGUUAAUAUUGUAAAGGCGAGAGUUUGUAGAAGUAACAAACAUAAAAAUUAGCCUUGCAUGCUCAAAGGGUGGGCCAAUUUUUAUGUUUGGUAUUGAGAUAAUGAAACCUGGGAUUAAAACUACUUUUUAUCCUGAAAGUAUGCAGUAUGAUUUGGUCACAAAGUUCGAUAGAAUUAGCUUUUACCCGCGGCUUCGCCCGCGUUAUUUUAUUUUUCCGGGAUGAAAGGUACCCUAUGACCUCUAUACUGCUCACUACAUGUAUGCAAAAUUUUAAGAAGAGUAGAAAGUUAGGAUGGCGCUACUGUGCAUAAAAACGCAAGUAUUUUUCUAAUAAUGAUGUGCAUUACACAGGCUGGUAUCUAGACAGACAUUUUUGUCAUUUUACAAACAUUGGAUUUUGAUAUUAUCAUUCCAGCUGCAAUUGCACUCUCUCCAAAUAAUGUGUUCUUUAUCUCAUUUAAAUAGUUUUAGUAAUAAAAAGAAUAUUUAUACAAAA